GAAGCAUGUUCUAAGGGCGGCCGCUGAUGCUGAAGCGGAGCGUCGCUUCGGCUCCCGCGGCAGACAUGGCGACACUGACAGUGGUCCAGCCGCUCACCCUGGACAGAGAUGUUGCCAGAGCAAUUGAAUUACUGGAAAAGCUACAGGAAUCUGGAGAAGUACCAGUGCACAAGCUACAAUCCCUCAAAAAAGUGCUUCAGAGUGAGUUUUGUACUGCUAUUCGAGAGGUGUAUCAGUAUAUGCAUGAAACGAUAACUGUUAAUGGCUGUCCUGAAUUCCGUGCCAGGGCCACAGCAAAGGCAACAGUUGCAGCUUUUGCAGCUAGUGAAGGCCACUCCCACCCUCGGGUAGUCGAACUGCCAAAGACUGAUGAAGGCCUUGGUUUUAACGUGAUGGGAGGCAAGGAGCAAAAUUCCCCCAUUUACAUCUCUCGCAUCAUUCCUGGAGGGGUGGCCGAAAGACAUGGAGGCCUCAAAAGGGGAGACCAGCUGCUAUCAGUGAACGGAGUGAGCGUGGAAGGGGAGCACCAUGAGAAAGCUGUGGAACUGCUCAAGGCUGCUAAAGACAGCGUCAAGCUGGUGGUCCGAUACACCCCCAAAGUCCUGGAAGAGAUGGAGGCUCGCUUUGAAAAGCUCCGGACUGCCCGGCGUCGACAGCAGCAGCAGUUGUUAAUUCAGCAGCAGCAACAGCAACAGCAGCAACAAACACAGCAGAACCACAUGUCAUAGGUCCUUAAAGAGAAGAUAGUCACAAAUCUGAAACCGUGCUUCAGAAUCCCAGCACAUAGUAAACGGAAGAGACGACAUUGAUAAUUAUACCUGUCAAGAAGCUGUGAACAUGUGGUGUGUAAAUUCUUUACCAAGGCGACUCGACACCUUCUUUCUCUUGGGGCUGAACCCCCGCUGCUCGCGUGCUCCUUACACACACAGACCUUCCAUUCACUGCAGUGGGAAUUCUCGGUGUGUGAAGGGAGAGCUUUUCCAGUCUGCAGACUGAAAUAGGACCAGAAGGAUCAAGUCCAUGACUCUCAGAUAAAUCACCAGGCCAAGAUGAAGUGAAUCUUUGGUCUAUAGCUUUUCCAGAGAUUAGCCAGUCCCUCAUUAGGCUAGAGUUCAAACUGCAUCAGUUCAAGGUUGCUACCACUUAAAAGAAACCAACCUAUGUGUUGCCCCCGCACCCUGACCCCUUCCACAUCCAUAUUGCUGAAUCGUCUAAAUUAGAAUUCCAGUUAAUUGCAAAUGCAACCUUUAUCCCCCUCUUGAAAAUGGCAAGCUAUACCAUAUUAUACUCUGUUCAGGUUCUAGAAGCAAUUGGCUUUUUUAUUUUCUGUUUCCAUGAAUUUAAUUAUGCAUUAAUGCAGUGGGACACAUUUAGUUCAACUUUUGGUCUGCUAGAGGCAAGGAUAGAGAACUCUAGUACUGUUUUUUUUUUAAGUAUUGCUUGUAUCUAUGGUUAUUAAUUCUAACAGAAUAUAACGUAUAUUUAUUCCACGAAUUAUAUAUUAUCAGAGUGUAUUUGCUACACACUGAGGUCUUUUCUUACCAAAGGUUAUGAAUCUGGUAAGAGAACACUAGCCAAGGACCCAGCUUCAUGAACUGAUCCUCCUAUGAUGUUUAUAUAUAACCCUGCUCUCAAUAAUUUCUGGUUAAGUUUUAUAUUUUUCGAUUGAUAAACUCUGGAGAAAUCUAAACUCUUUCUACCUACACGGAUAUGUUGUUACAGGAAUUUAUUUAAUAUUUUAAAGCUUAGGGCUUUACAAAGCUCAAUCAUGAUAUGUGCUCAUAUAUAUAUACACACAUACACACACGCAAAUAUAUAUGUCACACACAAAAUCUAGAUCAGUUUCCCCAAAGUUAAACUGGAUAUUGUUGGAAAUUUAAGAUCAAAAAUAUUUUUCCUUUUAAAAUCAGGCAGAUAUAAACCAGGAUAUAAUAUUGUGAAUGAAAAGAAGCUAUUCCUUCUAAAGGGAAAAGCUGCCUAAUUCAUUACACAUAUUCAUGUAGGAAAAUAGACAAGGGACAUACCAUCUUUCAGGAAGUAUCAGUGGCUGGAAAAUGACCUGUUAAGAGCCACCUAUGCAGAUCAUCACUUUUGACUCACCGAAAAUCUAAGUACCUAAGUCUGAUUUUACUCACGGGAAUGAAUUAGGAAGCAAUAAUCACUUGGGCACUUACUUACAUGGCUUAGGCACAAAAAUGUCCCCCAAGAAAGAAUAAAUGCCCGGUUGAAACAUUCUACAUAGAUCAUUAAAACUGAGGCAAAUAUUUGAAUGUUCCCUUUUCUCAAAUGCAGAAAUUGAUUCCCCAACAUAAAUAAAGUUUACAUGUCAGAUAGUCUCCUAAAUUAGAAAUUGAUGAAGCUCGGUUCAAGAGCUAUUUCUUGAAAACAAAAUAAAACCAGUCAGACCUGCCCAGCACAUUUCAUUUUGCCCUGUCAAGGGGGUAUUAUUGUCAAUACCAAGUUCCGCUUACUCUUCAUAGUACAUCACCCAACAGAGAACAAAGAGCGAGGAAACUAGGAGGUAUGCCGAUUUCGAUGACCAUCCUGAAAACAUAUCAUUUUUUUAUUGGA